AUGGCCUCCGUCCACGUUGAGAACAUUGCCUCUCAGACCACCGAGAAGGAGGUCCGCGACUUCUUCAGCUUCUGCGGCAAGAUCCAAUCGCUUUCCGUGACGCCCCUCAACGAAGGCACCCAGUCCGCAACCGUGACAUUCGAGAAGGAGACGGCCGCGAAGACGGCACUGCUGCUCGACAACACCCAGCUGGGCCCGGCGCAGGUCAAGGUCACGUCGGCCAAGUCGUUCGAGGACCUGGCCGGCGGCAAGGGCUCGCCCGACCAGGGCGAGGCAGGCAAGGAGGAGAACCACAACAUCCCGCAGGAGGACAAGCCGCGCAGUCGCAUCGUAGCCGAGUACUUGGCGCACGGCUACGUCAUCAGCGACAACGCCAUCGAGCGCGCCCUCGCCCUUGACCAGCAGCACGGCGUCUCGAACCGCUUCACCACCGCCCUCAAGUCGUUCGACGACCGCUACAAGGCGACGGAGAAGGCGGCCGCCGUCGACGCAAAGUACGGCGUCUCGCAAAAGGCCGGCGCCGGCUGGCGCGGCCUCACGUCGUACUUCGACAAGGCCCUCGGCACCCCGACCGGCCAGAAGCUGCGCCAGUUCUACGAGCAGGGCAACAAGCAGGUCAUCGACGUGCACAACGAGGCCCGCCACCUCGCGGACCUCAAGAAGCAGCAGCAGGCCCAGGGCGCGCAGUCGUCGGCUGCCGGCGAGACCAAGGUCCCCACCGCCGAGGAGGCCGAGAUGGAGGUCGUUCCCGGCACCGACAAGACCAAGUGCAACUGCCACGCCGAGUCCGGCAAGUGCCCUUGCGAGCCCGGCAAGUGCGCCUGCGCCGGCUGCGGCAAGAGCACUGAGGCCGCCGCAGCCUCCGAGAAGACCGCUGCCCAUGCUGUGUGA